UGAAAAUGUGUGAGUAUGAGUCGCUCCUGAUUGGCUGCUGGCCUGCAGCAGGGACACACACCUGCAGCUUGUUGGAUCACCAGCCUGGGAGGGUUUAAGGAGCUGCAAGGCCUUCACUCUCUGCUGGAUGAAAACUUAAACAUCUCCACUGUCUCUGUUCACUCUUCUCUCUCUGAUUCUCAGCGAUCCUCUCAUGUUUUCGAACCAGAACCGUGUGCUCACCUGCAGCCGGAUCCUAUACUUCCCUCCCCUCGCCUUCCUCCCUCUGAGAAGCCCUACAAGGGACAAUUUUUGGAAAGUGACCAGGCAGUAAGGAAAUACUCCUGCUGCUUUUGAGUGGGAUCGUUGUUGCACAAUGCAUGCCAGUUAUGCAAGAUCCAGUCCGAACACCGGUCCAGUCAGCUGCAGGAUUAUCCCGCUGCCAGAGAGCGCAGCCCGAACAGAACCUCUGAGGCUCAGCUGAGUGGAGCCAUGGCCGACAGGCACCAGGAUGAGAGAGUCCUGCAGCAGAUUGAGAGGGAGGUGCGCAUGCAGGAGGGAGCCUACAAACUGCUGGCUGCCUGUUCCCAGAGAGAUCAGGCCCUGGAGGCCUCCAAGAGUCUGCUGACCUGCAACGCCCGCAUCCUGGCUCUGCUCGGCCAGCUGCAGAGGAUGAGGAGAGCACAGAUCUUGGAGAGAGAGGGACACGGCAGGAUAUCUGAAGAUGCAGUGCCAUGUACUGGGAAAGUGUCACUUUCAGACCUGCGAAUCCCCCUCAUGUGGAAAGACUCAGAGUACUUCAAAAACAAAGGAGAGCUGCAUCGCUGCGCCGUGUUCUGCCUGCUUCAGUGCGGCUCAGACAUCCACGACACCGAUCUGGUGAUGGUGGACAGGACGUUGACUGACAUCUGCUUUGAGGACGCAGUCGUAUUCGACAAGGUGGGUCCGGGCUUCUCACUCCGCGUCGAGCUCUACAGCUGCUGCGCGGCCGAGGAUUUCCCUCCGGCGGCCCCGGCUCCGGCUCCCAGGAGAAUGAGCUUCCUGGGAGGCUCGUUGGGAUGCUCCUCUGGGAAAAAGAUCCGUGCCGCGUUUGAGUCUGCGUGCGGCUCCAUCUGCCCCGGUGGAGGGACCGCGAGGCCUGGACAUGUUUCACCUCCGUCUGCACUGGGCCCAAAGUAUAGCCUGUUGGCUCAGACAACACUGACUGUUGAAGAUGUUAGAGAGGGUUUCAAGACCCAUGAUUUAACACUUUCAGCAACAG